GCAAACCAUUGGGCCGAACAAAUUAAUGAAUCCGAAAAUGGAACUCACUAGGCCCAUUCCUUUUGUGAAGAAGUCUAAACCGCUCUCCCCAUUCAUCUGUAACGCAAGCAUCGGCGCACCACCGCACACGCUUCCCCCGAGAAGAUGCUCGCAAAAACGAGGAAGGUUUCAGGGCGCGGCGAAGGCGUUGCAGCAAACUAUGCAUUUGGUCCUGCCGAAGAUGAUAUAAUCAUCAAACACAGGCUUCUCACACGAGCCACAACCACUAGAGGUGAACCUCCAUUGAAAAAGCUUCAGAAGAAGUUCACCUCCUUCGCCUCCGAGGUCGACAAGGACGAAGAUAACUACAACGACUGUGAAAAACUCGCCAGGGCCUUUUUGCAGGAAUUGACCACUUUCGAGAUUCCACUUCUCAAGAGCAAGGCAAUUGUUGAGGCAAACAUUAGAGAGAAAGAGAAUUUCACUGAAUUGAAAGAUGAAAUGAAUCGGAAGAUCUUGCAGGCACAGGCUGAUAUUGAAGAUCUCAAGAAGCAGCUUGAAGAGAGUAAGGUUGAGAGACGGCAUAAGGAGGAGUGUGAGGCUAUUAGGAAGCUGAUUGCACUGCAACCGCCGAGGUCGGAGACGCAGAAGCUUAUAUCGGAGUUGGAGAAAGAGAUUGCGGCGUUAGAUGCCGAGAACACGGCUGGUUCCAGAUUGUUGGAGCUUCGGAAGAAGCAGUUUGCUCUUUUGUUGCACGUGGUGGAUGAGUUGCAGAACACAAUAGAGGAAGAGCAAAAGAGUCUAGUUGAGGAGAUGAGAAUGGCAACUGAGGAACUUAAGAAUGGGAUGGAGGAUACAAGUGGGGGAACGGAAGCAAUGGCAAUUGACCAGUAACUGGAUUGAACAUCAGCUUGCCUGUUGUAAUAUCUAAUACACUUCAAUCAUGGUUUGUUAUCCUACAGUGACUAGGGACCAUAUGUAAAUGAAAUAUCAGUAUUAUUAUGCUAGUGCUUAGACCUUAGUAACUUUUUGAUUGGAAUUUUCUAUGAAAUUUUGUCUGACCAUACGCUCAAUAUUGUGGGACUCUCCCCUAUAUUUUUCUUUUGAUCGUAUUUUUACAAAACAAUGUAAUGCACUCACGG